GCCGCUUGGAGUGGCGCAAAAGCAGGAGCCAGGGACCGACCACCCCGGCCCACGUUCCCAAUAUCCGAGUAGAAAUUCGAAGAUAGAAAGGAGAGAUAUAAUUAUUAAAUCAUCGAAUAAUAGUCAGAUGGCAUCUCUAACCCAGCACGACAAAACAAUUACACAGAAGUUCAUUUAUAUCUUAAAAUAAGAAGAAAAAAAGGAGGAGAUGAACGUGGAAAAGCCGAGCGACUGUCUGGAUGGAAUGAGUCGGAAAUACGUCGUAAAGUCGAGCAGGGCCGUGUGGCCGUAUAAUUCCAUCCCAGCCAAUUCUGACCAACUAAAACCAAGUAAGAUCCAGGCACUAAAAUCAUCGCUAAGGGAAUUAUCAUUGUCGGACACCGGGACUACUUACGACUACUUACUCCCUCCUUCUCGACAAAUCGCGCUGAAACCGUGCAACAAUUCGAUGAAGACUGCCAAUGCUCCUUUGAGUGACAAUGCUCGAAAGAAAGAAAAAAUGGUGGUUCAUCAAGAUACACACGUGUUAAGAUCCUUGCGUAUAAACUUAGUCCGUGGUACCUUAUGUACGACUUACUAUUUAUUAUCUAGGUAGUCUUGUAAGUAGUAUCUUUCUAUCUAUCUAGUAAAUCUAGUAGAUGAUGGAUGGAUGGGUUU